CUGGUCCAUCCCCUUUAAGCACAUCCAUCCGCCCCUUUAAAACUCAACUUCGCAGUGUUGUCACAGAAGGACGCGCGGCGCACAUUCACUUUCCUGCAGGGAUUUGUCAACACGACCUACAUUCUCUUUUACUAUUUACAUCACACAUAACAUACAUCAGCCUUGUUGUGAGAAUGCUCGGACUCCCCUGCGUCCUGGUCCUCCUCCUGUCCUGCUGCAGACCUGCCUGGGGAUACUUUGCGGAGGAACGCUGGAGCCCCGAGUCUCCGCUGCUCGCUCCCCGGGUCCUAGUCGCCCUCAUCUGCAGGAACUCCGAGCACUCCUUGCCUUAUUUCCUUGGUACCAUUGAACGCCUCAAUUAUCCCAAAGACCGUAUGGUUUUGUGGGUAGCCACUGAUCAUAAUGAAGACAACACCACUGAGAUUCUGCGUCACUGGCUCACCAAGGUGCAGAGCCUUUACCAUCAUGUGGAAUGGAGACCAAAAGAGGAACCCAGACAUUAUGAGGAUGAAGAAGGGCCCAAGCAGUGGUCUGACCUCCGUUAUGAGCAUGUUAUGAAGCUUAGGCAAGUAGCACUGGAGUCAGCUCGUGAGAUGUGGGCUGACUACUUUAUGUUGGUGGACUGUGAUAACCUCCUCACCAAUACUGAUGUGCUAUGGAAGCUCAUGAAGGAGAACAAGACCAUCAUUGCUCCAAUGCUUGAAUCUCGUGCAGCUUAUUCCAAUUUCUGGUGUGGAAUGACCUCACAGGGUUACUAUAAGCGCACACCUGCCUACCUGCCCAUGAGGAAGCAGGUGCGAAAGGGCUGUUUUGCAGUCCCAAUGGUUCACUCCACCUUUUUGAUAGACCUCAGGAAAGAAGCAUCCAGGCAGCUGGCAUUUCAUCCACCACACCCAGAAUACAGCUGGGCUUUUGACGACAUCAUUGUGUUUGCUUAUUCUGCUCGGAUGGCAGAUGUUCAGAUGUUCAUAUGCAACAGAGAGACUUAUGGUUACUUACCUGUGCCGCUGCGUUCCCAUAAUACUCUACAAGAUGAAGCUGACAGCUUCCUACACUCCAUGCUCGAAGUAAACGUGCGAAAUCCCCAUGUGACGCCUUCCAAAUACAUACGUGUCCCUAGAAAACGACCCGACAAAAUGGGCUUCGGCGAGGUGUUCAUGAUAAACUUGCAGAAGCGGACUGACCGCAGAGAACGGAUGCUGAGGGCGUUGUACGAGCAGGAAAUAGCCUGUAAGGUCAUUGCAGCUGUAGAUGGAAAAGCAAUGAAUGUCAGUGAAAUUCAUGAUAUGGGCAUCCACAUGUUGCCUGGAUACAGUGACCCGUAUCAUGGUCGCCCACUGACAAAAGGAGAGCUCGGAUGUUUCCUAUCUCACCAUAAAAUCUGGAAAGAGAUUGUGGAGCGGCGCCUUCAAACCUCUUUGGUCAUUGAGGACGACCUGAGGUUUGAGGUCUUCUUCAAACGGCGGCUGAUGAACUUAAUGCGGGAAGUGGAGGAAGAAGGACUGGACUGGGAUCUCAUUUAUAUAGGUCGAAAACGGAUGCAAGUGGAUCGCCCAGAGAAAGCAGUGCCUAAUAUACACAACCUGGUAGAAGCAGACUAUUCCUAUUGGACACUGGGCUAUAUGAUGUCAUUGCAGGGUGCUAAGAAGCUUUUAAAUGCAGAACCACUGAAGAAAAUUUUACCAGUGGAUGAGUUUCUUCCAAUUAUGUACAAUAAACACCCUGUGUCUGAUUAUAUGGAACAGUUUGAAACCAGGAACCUGAAGGCGUUUUCAGCAGAGCCUCUUCUAGUCUAUCCAACCCACUAUACAGGUGAACCAGGCUACAUUAGUGACACUGAGACCUCCACUGUGUGGGACAAUGACAAGGUCCGUACAGACUGGGACAGAGCGCGCUCAGGAAAAACUCGAGAACAGGCUGAGAUCAGCACCGAGGCUCAAAACUCAGAUGUGCUCCAGUCUCCUUUGGACAGUACAGCACGAGAUGAGCUAUGAGAGGAGCUAUUCACUGAUGCAGCUUUUUUUUUUUUUUUUUCAUCACAACAGGGAUGCGACAUCAGAGUGUUUUGGGGGAUUUAAUUCAUCCAAAUGUGACAAGUUGAGAAGGGAUCGGGUGUGUCCACUGUUUCCCGUUAUUUUGCCCGUCUUUAGUUCUUACUUAAAUAAGGCACUAGACUUGCCAUUUGGAAUGGCAUUUGCAGUACCCAACUUCUGUCUGUCAUACAGAAAUUAACUUUUGCCAGUAGAGAAUGUAAUUAGACGGUUACAUUUCAGUCAUCAGACAGUUAAGACGUCUUGAUUCAAUGUGACUUUGAAAUGCUUUUCUUAAAUCCACAAAUUAUUUAAUGCAGGCAUUCCUGUUUCAAAUCAACUCACCAGUCAUUUGAAAUGUAGUGGUUAAUCCACUUUGAUCUUGUUAUUUUCUCUCUUUAAACCUCAAAAUGCGUGCCCUUUUUUUCAUGAAUCUCAAGCCAGUACAUGUUUGCAGAGCUUUACCAAAGCAAAAACAACACGCACUUACAGGCAACAGUUUAUGUUAACAUGGGACCCAUAACUUACACUUACACCAUAAAGGCAAAACCACAGCUAUACAGUCUAUAUAAUACAGUCUAAUGCCGCCAACCAGCUGUUGACAUGAUUAUAUGUGCGACUAACCACUGAACACGCCUUAAAGUCAGUGGUUUGGGAGGAACAUGUUCAUAAAUGCUCUUUAAAGUUCCCUCAAAAAUAACCCACAUGACCGUAUGUAAACGUGCCACCUUUUGAUUGUUCUCAACUCAGUUAAAUCCCAUUUUUUUAGGUGUGUUGUCAACUUUAUCACUAAUCAUCACCACCUUUUGAUUUUUUUUACAGACUACUUAUUCUGUUCAGGUUUCUGUUUCCUAUUAAUACACUAGAUCUCCCAUGAAGUUGAUUUAUGUACGAAAACUUCACCUGCUGUUCUCACACAAAAAUGCUAUGCAAAGAACAACACAAUAAUAAAAUGUUUUAUU